AGUGUUUUUUAGUAUAUACAUUAGUUUUAAUUGAUUCCGUGGUUUUUAAAUUGGGACUUUCACAUGCCAUUAUUAUCAGGACUCUGGGGUUAGAGACCAAAUGGAGUUGCAGGUUGACUGUAUUUCUUGGGUUUUUUUAUCAGUUGGUCUUAUAGUUUUACACUAUUUCGAGGUUUGGAGAUUUAGUGUCUGAUGGAGUUCCAGGUUCAUUGUAAUUUUAGGGCUUUUUCUCUGGUUGAAGGUACUGGUUCACUGUGAUUUCAGGGUAAGGAAUUUCUUCCCAAAUGGAGUUGCAGGUUGAGGGUAAUUCCAGGGUUUUGGAGAACCAUUCUGAAACGAAGAGAGGCCAGAACGUGUGUUCAACUCCAUUAGAGAUUGGAGGAAAUGAAGCGGCAGCAGCAGCUGCUAAAGCUUCAGCAACGGAGCUGAAAUCUAGGGUUAAUUCAGUGACUGCUCCUCCUUGCUCUUCUGCUGAGCCUCCUGGUAAGGGUUCAAAGGAUUUGGGAGAGCUUAUUUCAACUGACCCUGUUUGGGCGGCCAUGAGAGCAGAAGCGAGGCUGGAGGCGGAGAAGGAACCCCUUUUGAGCAGCUUCUUAUAUGCUAGUAUUUUAUCACACUCUUGUUUGGAGCGGGCACUGGGUUUUGUAUUGGCCAACCGGCUCCAGAACCCAACACUUUUAGCCACACAACUGAUGGACAUUUUUGAUGAUGUAUUUAUGAACGAUAAAGGUCUUCGACACUCUAUUCGCCUGGAUGCCCAGGCAGUGAAAGAUCGAGACCCCUCAUGCCGAUCAUAUAGUUGGGCCUUGUUAUACCUAAAGUCGUAUCGUGUAGCACAUGCAUUGUGGAAUCGUGGGCGAAAGGUUUUGGCAUUAGCAUUGCAAAGCCGGAUAAGUGAGGUUUUUGCCGUGGAUAUACAUCCAGCUGCCAGACUUGGCAAAGGGAUUUUCUUGGACCAUGCUACGGGUGUUGUGAUUGGAGAAACUGCAGUUGUAGAAAAAAAAGUUUCAUUGAUGCAGGGUGUAACCUUAGGAGGAACUGGUAAAGAAACAGGAGAUCGCCAUCCUAAAAUAGGUAGAGGAGCGCUCAUUGGAGCUGGUGCAACUAUCUUGGGUAAUAUUAGAGUUGGUGAAGGUGCUAUUGUGACUGCUGGUUCUCUCGUUCUAAAGAAUGUUCCUCCGCACUGCAUGGUGGCGGGUAUCCCAGCCAGGGUAAUCGGACCUGUGAAGGAGAAAGAUCCAUCUCUCACCAUGAAGCAUGAUGCUACUAAGGAAUUCUGUGAGCUCAUGGCUGUAGAUUCUCUGCAAAAAAGACCCAGUGGUUAGCCCUCAGAUCACCUCCUUGUCUGGUUAGGAGUUUCUAUGGAAACACAGAUCCACGCUCAUUCUCUCUCACUCUCUCUCUCUCACUGUAUAAUGUAAACUAAAUAAGGAUAUUGUGAUAUAGAUUGUGAUUCGUUAUGGUUUAAGGCUGCAUCUUUGAAACUGCUCUCAAUGAGCUCAGAGAGAGAGAAUUAUGAUCUGUAUUGGUUCCUUGGUGGCACACAUUUUUAAGGCUGCAUCUUUGGAACUGCUCUCAAUAAGAGAGAGCAUGCAUUUCUGACUUUGUGAUUUACAUCAAGCCAUCCAAUUUGACAUUUAAUGAGUGGAAAUGAUUGUGACAUUCAUGUACAAAUGAUAAACAAUCCCUUCUAUAAAUGGUUAUUGAAAUUGGACAUUAA